AUGUAUCGCGCUGCGACAUCUAAACAGAAAAUGAUGGAUACUUUAACAAAAUUGAUCUACUGUAAACUCGCAUCCUGUCGCACCAAUCACUGCCAAGCUCCAGGACGUCACAAGGGCCGUAGGGAUCGUAACGAGCGCCUCAUCGGUGAAGCGGACUGUAAUAUUGAAGAUAAAGAUUAUUGUUUAAGGCCAACAAUAGCUCGAGUUAUCGACUUGUGA